AUGACUGCUAUUCAAAUUCCAAGUUUCGAUGUCCCGUUUGGGAUAAAAUUAUGGCCUCUUUUUGAUGCUGCUGUAACAAAGGUCAGUCAAGGUAAGUUUAUUCCAUCACAAUUUGCCUUUGUUCACGGAGAAUUACCUUUUUCUACAUUCCCACCAGUAUUCUUUAUAAUUAGUUUAUAUUAUACAGUGAUUUUUGGUGGAAACUAUUUAUUUAAGAAGUUUCAGAUUAAGCCAUUCGUGUUGAACGGAUUAUUUCAAAUUCACAACUUGUUCUUGACUACUUUGUCAUUCACUUUACUUAUUUUAAUGGCCGAACAGUUGAUUCCUAUGAUUUACCACCAUGGUUUAUUCUUUGCUAUCUGCCACCCACAAGCAUGGACCCAGCAAUUAGUUUGCUUGUACUACUUGAAUUACUUGACCAAGUUCACUGAGUUUCUUGAUACCGUAUUUUUAGUGGUCAAGCAAAAGAAAUUGACAUUUUUACAUACUUACCACCAUGGUGCUACUGCCCUUUUAUGUUAUACCCAAUUAAUUGGUUUGACUCCAAUUUCGUGGGUUCCAAUCACCCUUAACUUGGGUGUUCACUGUGUGAUGUACUGGUACUACUUUUUGGCUGCAAGAGGUAUCAGAGUUUGGUGGAAGGAAUGGGUCACUAGAUUUCAAAUUAUCCAAUUUGUUUUGGAUUUGGGCUUUGUUUAUUUUGCAACCUAUCAAAAGAUCGUUUACACUCAUUUCUCGGCUCUCAAACACAUCUUGCCAGUUUGUGGUGAUUGUGCUGGUACUAUGUUAGCAGCUUACUCAGGAUGUGCUAUUUUAUCAUCAUACUUAGUCUUAUUUAUUGCUUUCUAUAUGGAAGUUUACAAGAAGAAGUCAAAGAAGUCAAAGAAAAUAAAGGCUGUUCAAGGCGGUGUUGCUGCUCAAGUUAAUGAAUACGUUCAUGCAACUGGUAGAAAUGAUACCCCAACACCUGUUCCAGAGUCGGAAAUUCGUUCUAGAAAGAUUGCUUAA